GCCUUCUUCGGUUUCCUCCAACCACACAUCCAAUAAAUACCUUCCUUGACUCUCACUUCUCCCCUUCACAUCGUUCUCUUCUCUCAUACCUUGCUUUGGCUACAAGUGACAUCAGCGCUCACGAGGACUACCAUAGUCACUACCACGAUUACGACGUCGGCCAACAACCGUUGGCCACGUCCACAGUGUUGCUGCUCUCAUCUCUCUCAUUACCGUGAAUAUUGACCCUUUACCAAUGCCUCAUCCAAAAUAUCAAGGCUACCUCGGGAUCUCAGAGCUGAUGCCAGCGGUGAUGAGCAUAACGGCAAGUUCGACUUCGAUGACAACCCCCACCUCCACUCUUCACGUCCCCCUGCAUUCAGCCUCUUCCUCCAGACCUUUUACACCCGUUAGUCCCUCCAAUCUCGAACAGCUCACACUACGCUCUCAACAAGUCCGGGUUGAAGACACCGAUUAUUUCCAAGAGACCCUCCAUCAUCAUCAUCACCACCACCAUCUCCACAGUGGUUCCUCUGCUCACAUCGGAUCUGAUCCUCUUGAUACUCCUGCUCUUGGAUUUGCAUCUGUGCCUGAAGGUGAAUCUCGUACGACGGCCACAUGCGCAGGGAUAUCCUCGCCUGGCCUAUCCUACUUUCCCCGAUCACCCUCACCUGACGCUCAUGCGCACCCACACGCGGCGAAAGAGCAGUCACAAUUGGGUGACCAAAGCACUAAACUUGAACGCCCCCCAUCCUCACCCCCAUUCUAUUCGGCCUCCGUGCCGGCUCCGGAAUCAUCUCCUGUAGCAACCGUUGAUGUUGGAGAUCACAAUGACGCUAAUAUUAGUGCUUCUCUCUUAUUCGCUUUUGACGAAGAAGAGGAUCGAAGAGCUGAAAUUCGGGCCGAUGCUGAAAGACCUUUCCCUGUUGACCGCGUCGUGUUGAAGGAUGUCGUACAGAGUGUCUUGGGCGUCCAAGUGGCAUAUAUCCAGUUCUUGAGUUCAGGAACUUUCCACAAAGCGUUCCUCGUUCACCUGACGGACCGUCGGGAACUAGUGGCCCGUCUAGCCCGCCGCUUCAUGCCAAAACUCAAGGUCGAAUCAGAAGUGGCAACCAUCAACUAUAUUCACACCCAUGCGCCUCUCGUACCGGUUCCAACGAUUUUUCAUUACGAUUCGAAUCCGUAUAAUAAACUAGGGUACGAAUUCAUCCUAAUGUCUAAAGCUCCCGGUGUCCCUCUUUCGUAUGUUUAUCAUCAUUUGGGGGAAGGGGAGUUGAAGGAGUUCAUGGAGGGAUUGGCGAGGAUCGUUCUUGAGAUCUGGGGCCACCGGUUUCCUAUGAUCGGAUCGUUAUAUCAGAAAGAGGAGGCUUGGGUGGCAGGUAUGGGAAUAGGGAUCGAGGAAAAAGGAAGCGAUAGGAAUAUGGAUAGGGUGCCGGGUUCGCCAGAAUCUAUAUCCAUCCCUUCCCUUUCGUCCUCGAAAGAUACUGCGCCUGAAUUCGGACAUUCGUUCACCCCGCAAACCCCUCUUCUUCCACUUCCUCUUCAGCGGAUCGCUCCGCCACCACCGGUUCUCGUAAUGUCGCCUCCACCCUUGCCACAACAAAUAUCGGCUAUUGAUGAGUCCAGUGCUAUGGUUGAUAAACUCCCACCUACACCCCCAGCUUCAGACUCGAGUCUUUCAUCGAAUGAUUCAUCACCCGUCGCCCCAUUCCUUUCUCUCCCCACUUCUCUACCUCCACCUCUUCCACUCCCGACCGUUAAGCACACCUUUACGCCCGCAUCCCCCUUCUACAUAGGCCCCAUCAUCUCCUGGCCCUUCUUCGGUGAAGGUCGUGGAGAAUUGGACUCCCCGCUUGAAAUCGACAGAGGGCCCUGGAAGUCCGAGGACGAAUAUCUAGAUGCAUGUGCAAGGAGGGAAGUUGAAAGUGUGAGGAGAGAAGGUGAAGGGAUGGAGAGGGGACAUAAACCUCGGUUGAUUCCGGGGAGUAGAAGACGGGCCUGGAGUUCGGCGGUCGUCGAAGCGGAGAGGAGGGGGGUAGGGAGGAGGGAAAGGGAGGGGAGGAGUAAGAGGGGUAAGAUGAAGGGAGGGAGUGAGGAAGGUGUGGUUCAUGGGCCUGUUUCCCCCGUUUCACCUUCACCUAAAAAGAGAAAAGAGGAUGAUGGGUAUACUAGUUCGGAUACGAACAUCUCGUCCGUGAUUUCGUCGGAGAGUGGUGGGUCUUCCGCCUCGAAUGGCGGUUCGGGCUCCGAGAAUGAAGACGACGACGACGACGAUGACGAUGACGAUGACGAUGACGACACGUUCUACUGGGAUUACCGAGCGAGUAUCCGAUCGAGUUUGUUGGUGGCUCAGCAUUCCGCUCGCGUUCAGAGUGUGAUGAAGGAUAUGGAACGGUUUAGGAGGCAUAUGGAGGAUGAGCUGGGGAUGGAUUUGCGUGAGGGGGAAGACGAAUUCGGAGAGUUUGGGUUGGACGUUCAUGACCUUAGUUUGCAUAAUAUUUUUGUGGAUCCGGAGGUUCCGUCGAAGAUUACCUGUAUCAUCGAUUGGGAAUCAACGACGAUUAGGCCUCUUUGGCAUUGUGCUCAUUUACCAGCAUACCUUACACCUUCCACCACGCACCAUUCUUCACAUCAUUCUUCCUCCCAAAAUCUUCAUUCCUCCCAUACCCACUCAUCGUCUCACCAUAGUCACUCCCGCCACCACCACCACCACCACCAUCAUCAUCAUCAUCAUCACUACCCAUCCCCAUCAUACGCCGCCACGCUCUUCCGAGAUGCUAUCCGUUCGCAAGGAGGGCCGCUUGGUGAGUUGUGGCUUCGCGCUGAAUCGGAAAGGGAGAAGUGGAGAGAAGCGCAUAAAUUUUUGGAAUGGGAUGGGUGGGAAGAAGGUUUGUUGGAUAGUGUUAUUGGCCUACCGAGCGUAGAUGAGGGGGAGAGAGAUGGAGAGGAGGAGGAAGGGGACGGAAACGAAAAUGGAGGUCUGAGUGAGAGUCGAAGGGUGACGUUUGGAAACCCGGAUGUAGGACUUACGUUGGUGGGAGUUGGAGCGGGAACUCGUCAUGUAGGAAAGGUUUCGGGUGCUGGACUUGCGAAGCAAAGAGAAGGGGCGAACUCGACGGUGAGGUUCAAAAGUGGGUUUAUUGGCUUGCGGCUUGCGUGAGCGAAGGGCGAAGGGGCGAAAGGCGAAAGGCGAAGGGUGGUCCAAGUUCUAGCUUGUCUGCUUGCUUUGUAGGUGUUCAAAUUCGUCCUCUGCGGGGUAUUUUAAUUUUUUUUCGGGUGCAUGAACGUCCGUCCAACUGGUUUGGUCGUACGCGGUUUCCACUUGUUCAAUUUUGGGUUUGGGCAUCCUUGAUCCUCUUGGGCUCAGUAUCAAAACAUUUUUUUUCUUGUGGUUCAUUCUUCGAUAUUAUAUCGAAACAAUCGGCUUUUACUCUCUUUCAAGCAACUCUUUUUUCGUCCUUUCAUGUUCGCACGUUUAUUUGUUCUAGAAAUAACUUAAUUCACGUCAAUAUUCUCG